AUGCCCCGCAGGAAGACAGCAGCAACAACCAACAAGAAAAAUGUAAAGGCGUCGCUUGCUGCAGGAGCAGCAGCAAAUGCUGCAGCAGCAGCAGCAGCAGCAGCAGCGACAGCAGCAGCUGCUGCAACUCAACGCAGCAGCAGCAGCAGCAGCACCUGCAGCACGCAGUCUUUCGCCAGCGGCGAAAAGCCGCCCACCCCCGACGAGCUCUCCGUCAGCAGCAGCAGCAGCAGCAGCAGCAGCAGCAGCAGCAGCAGCAGCAGCAGCAGCAGCAGCAGCAGCAGCGAGAUAGCUCACUUCAAAGCUCUGCUGCAGGGGCUAGCAGCAGUAGCAGCAGAACGGCAGCGCCGCAGCAGGAAAGUUGACUCUCAAGAUUUGCUGCUGCACUUCAUGCAGUACAUUUCUUCGCCUGCGAUGGAGGAGCUGCAGCGGCAGCAGCAGCAGCAGCAGCAGCUGCAGCAGCAGCAGCAGCAGCAGCAAACUCCGCACAGCAGCACAGAGGUCUCCAUACUGCAGGGCGCCCAGUGGCACGAGGCCGCGUGGGUCUCUUUGCUGCAGCAAGCCCUGCAGCAGCCUCCAGCAGCAGCAGCAGCAGCAGCAGCUGCUGCUGCUGCUGCUGCUGCUGCUGCUGGGAGUGCCGGCAGCAGCGCUAACAGCGGCGAGUUGUUGCAGCAGCAGCAGCUGGAGGAAGAGCAGCAGCAAGGGGCUGCCGAGCUGCAGCAGCAGCAGCUGCAGCAGCAGCAGCAGCAGCAGCAGCAGCAAGAAAGCAUGAACCACAUAGCUGAAGUUGGAAUUAUGUUUGCAGCGCAGCAGCAGCAAAUGUAUCUCUCGCUGCUGCUGCUGCAGCAGCCAGCUUGGGUUGCUGCAGCAUUUGCUGCUCUGGAAGACCUGCGGCCGCUUGCUGCAGAAGAGAGUCCCGCGCUGGCAGCAGCAGCAGCAGCAGACGCAGCAGCAGCAGCGCAGCAGCAGCAGCAGCAGCAGCAGCAGCAGGGCCUGGGGGCCUUCGUAGCAGCAACUGAAGCAGAAGCAGCAGCACUUCGCAAAAGAUAUUUCCAAACAGCUUUUGAUCCAGCAGAUGCUGCUGCUCUUGCUGCUGCCAGCAGCAGCAUGGGCUAUCGGGACCGGAAGCAGCAGCGGCGUGUCUGCAGAGGAGUUGCUGCUCUUCAUUUGCUGGUGUCUGUUGCUGCUUCGGAGUUCACUGCUCCUGCUGCUGCUGCACUUUGCUGCAGCAGCAAGCUGCUGCGUGCUGCUGCACCCCUUAUAGCCAUUGCCUGCAGCAAAGGGGGCCUUCUUGCUGUUGCUGUUUUGAGGGCCCUUAUGCAGGUCAUAUCUGCUGCUCCUGCUGCUGCAGCAGCAGCAGCACCUGCAGCAGCAGCUGCAGCAGCAGCUGCAGCAGCAGCUGCAGCAGCACCCGACAAUGAGGGCGCAGCUGCUGCAGCGCCAGCAGCAAGCGCGAGUGCAGCAGCACCCGACGCAUCCCCAGAAGACACAGCAGCAGCAUCAGCCGCUGCUGCUGCUGCUGCUGCUGCUGCUGCUGCUGCUGCACCCGGAGAAGCCGCCCCAGCAGCACCUGCAGCAGCACCCGCAGCAGCAGCUGCAGCAGCGCCUGCAGCGGCGCCUGCGGCAGCACCCGCAGCAGCAGCAGCACCUGCUGCUGCUGCUGCUGCUGCUGCUGCUGCUGCUGCUGCUGCUGCUGCUGCUGCUGCUGCUGCUCCUUCUUUUCUUUCAGUUUACCGAGAAGCAAUAUUGUCUUUGCUGCACUUGGCUCUUCAAGAACAAGCCACAGACCCUCGAGGAGUUGAUGGACUUUGUCUUUUUGCUGCUGCUCCUGCAGUGCCUCUCGUGCUGCAGCUGCAGCAGCUGCGCGUGCUGCUGCUGCAGCCGCAGCACAGAGAAGUGCUGCUGCACUACCUCCAAAUGCUGCUCAAGGCCCUCGAGGACUUCCAACUUCGUUUUCACGCUGAGACAAAUAUGCAGCUGUCUAGAGACGUGGCCGAAGUGCUGGCUGAGCUGCUGCGCGACGAAGAGGGUUUAGCAGUCAUUAAAGAACAAAGGACUCAGUGGUUUCUUCUCUGGACAAAAUGCAAACAGCUCUGGGCGCCUCAGUGGAACCAAGGCUGCGCCUACUGCAUGCGGUCUGAUAACACGGCGCGUUUUCUCCGCGUGUUUAAUUCAGAGCAUGCAGGGUCUCCUGCUGCUGCUGCUGCUAAGCAGCAGCAGCAGCAGCAGCAGCAGCGGGCGCUGGCUCCCUGGGAGCUCGAGCAGCAGCAACAGCAGCAGCUGCUGCUGCUGCUGCAGCAGGAAGCAGAACAAGCGCGAAAAGAAAAGACGAAGAGGUUUCGCCAUGUGCUGGAGCAGCGGCGGCAGCAGAAAGAGCAGCAGCAGCAGCAAGAGCGGCAGCAGCAGCAGCAGCAGCAGCAGCAGCUGCUGCAGCAGCAAACGCGACCCUGGCCUCUCUCGCUGCUGCUAACCAGUGGUGUUUGCUGCCCCUGGCUGCUGCGCUGUUUGCUGCUGACUUCUUCUCUGAGCAGCAGCAAAACUGGCUGCCUUUUGGAGAGCAUGUGUGAGGCUCUUUGCAUAGACCCAGACUUGCAGCAGCAGCAGCAGCAGCAGCAGCAGCAGCAGCAGGAGCAGCAGCAGCAGCAGCCGCAGGAACAGCAGCAAGGAUACAGACGGGGGAGGCAGAAACACAGGCACGCGAAGCACAGCAGGUAUGUAUCUGCAGCGGAAGCAGCAGCAGAGGCAGCACCAGCAGCAGCAGCAGCAGCAGCAGCAGAAUGCGCUGCUGCUGCAGCAGCAGACUUUGCUGACACUGCAGCAGCAGAAGAAGCUGCAACUGAAGCGACGCUGGCACAUCCAGAUGCAGCAGCAGCAGCAGCAGCAGCAGCAGAAAAUGGAGUACUAGUGGGCAGCAGCAGGAAUGGCAGCAGCAGCAGCCCCUCCUCCACCACUACCAGCAGCAGCACCAGCAGCAGCGAGAACAGCUUCAGCAGCAGCACGGCCAGCAGCAGCGGUCCCAGCAGCACCUGCCGCACCACUAUCAGCAGCAGCAGCAGCAGCAGCAGCAGCAGCAGCAGCAGCAGCAGCAGCAGCAGCAGCACGCCGUUCUGCGACGUUGACUUUAGCUGCAGCAGCAGCAGCAGCAGCAGCGGCAGCGGCAGCGGCAGCAGCAGCGGCAACAGCAGCGGCAGCGGCAGCAGCAGCAGAAGCAGCAGCAGCAGCAGCAGCAGCAGAAGCAGCAGCAAGAGCAGCAGAAGCAGCAGCAGCAGCAGAAGCAGCAGCAGCAGCAGCAGAAGCAGCAGCAGCACAGCAGACGCCGUGGUAGCAGUAGACGGAGCAGCAGAAGAGUCGGUCCGAGAAGAAGCAAAGGCAGCAGCAGCGCCGGCUGGUGCGGUAAUGGCGGAAGCUCUUGCUGCUGCUGCUGCUGCUGCUGCUGCUGCUGCUGCGGUUGCCGCCGCAGAAAGUGCAGCAGCCGCAGCAGCAAAGCUUGCAGCAGCAGCGGGUACGGCCAGGUGCCUCGCAGCCCCGUGUCAGCAGCAGCGCCAGCUGCUGCAGCAGCAGCAGCCGCUGCAGCAGCAGCAGCCGCUGCAGCAGCAGCAGCCGCUGCGGCAACCACAGUUGCCCGCAGCAGCUGCCGCAGCAGCAGCUGCCGCAGCAGCAGCUGCAGCAGCAGCAGUCGCAUUUGCUGCAAAAGCUGCAUUGGGUGCAGCAGCAGCUGCGGCACCGCAACAGCAACAGCCUGUGCAGGGGCUAAAGCAGCAAAGACAGCAGCUUGAACAGCAGCAGCAGCAGCAGCAGCAGCAGCAGCAGCAGCAGCAAAAGCAAGAUGCACUGCAGGUGUAG